AUGCAGCGCCUCACCGUGCGCAAGAAGGAGACAGCGGAGGUGGCGGGCGCCGAGAUGUCAUUUGCGCUGUCGCAACGGGCGCGCCACGCCGCCCGUGUGCUUCUGCAGCGCUUCCCCGACACUGGCUCUGACCCAGGGGCGAGACGCGAGGCGAGCAGGCCGAGCGGACGGCUCAACGACGGGAUCGCUCAGGUCCCGCCACCGCGGGGGCGAUCGGAGCUGGAGGCGUUCCGCCAGACCCUCCCCGUGGCCGCGUUCCGGGAGCAGUUGCUGGGCACCAUCGCCAAGUCCAACAUCCUGCUGGUGCUGGGCGAGACCGGCUCCGGCAAAACCACGCAGAUCCCUCAGUACAUCCUGGACGAGGGCAGCCGCCUGGGGUCGCCGUGCCGCGUGAUUUGCGCGCAGCCGCGCCGAAUCUCUGCCGUCGCCGCGGCCGAGAGGGUGGCGGAGGAGCGAGGGGAGGGCGUCGGCCAGACCGUCGGCUACCAGAUCCGGUUGGAGAGCAAGGUCUCGCCAAAGACGCUCCUCACGUUCUGCACCAACGACGUGCUGCUGAGGACCCUCAUGGCCGGAGACAGCGCCACGUCUACCGUCGUGACGCACAUCAUCGUGGACGAGAUCCAUGAACGCGACCGCUUCUGCGACAUCCUGCUCAUCAAGCUGCGCGACAUUCUGGAGCGGCAGUGCAACCUCCGCGUCGUGCUGAUGAGCGCCCCCCUCAACGUCUCACUCUUUUCAGAGUACUUCGGCGGCUGCCCCGUCGUCAGACUGCCUGGGAGGCUUUUCGAGGUGAAGCGGUUCUUUCUGGAGGACAUCCUGCCCACCACUGGUUACAAGUCUAAGGAGAUGGAGAGACGCCAGAAGGAGAAAGAUCAACUGGAGAGCCAGCAGAACAAUCUGAGCGAACGGUACGAGGAGGAGACCGGACCGAGCGUGCCAGUGCGCGGUGCCAGCGUCGCACUCCUCACGGAUCAAACCAAGAUUCUCAACAUCGAAGGGGGGGAGAGCGCCUUCGAACAGGAGGCGGAGCGCGACGGCUCCAAGCUGGAGCCGUGGCUCGUCAAGGAGAUGGACGCGUGCAUCACCAACAUGUGGCUGCACAGGGACGAGGACGCAUCCACGCAGCUGCUGCACCUGCUGAUCAGCGAGCGCGUCAGCGUCGACUACAGGCACAGCGAGAAGACCGCCACGCCGCUGAUGGUGGCCGCCGGCCGCGGCCUCAUUGACAUCGUGGAGCUGCUGCUCCGGAUGGGGGCCGACGUCAACUUGAAGGACUCCAACGGCAUGAACACUUUCGACUGGGCGAAGAAAUUCCAUGAAUCGGACGUGGUGGAGCUCCUGGAAUCGUCUGCGGCUUCGGUAGGCGAGCCCGGGCCUGACCAGAGCAAGCUGGCGAACGCCAGCACCGGGCUUAGCCCCGAGUGCCGUGAGCUGCUCGGCGUCUACCACCACACCUUGGACGAUGACGACGACAAGGUGGACCUCGAUCUCAUCCUGCACCUCCUCAACCAGAUCUGCCAGAGCUCCAGCGAUGGAGCUGUGCUGAUUUUUCUGCCGGGCUACGAUGAGAUCAUCACGCUGCGGGACCUCAUUCUCUGGGACGACAAAAGAUUUGCGGGGCAGAGCCACAAGUACCACGUGUUCACCCUCCACUCCAACAUGCAGACGUGUGACCAGAGGAGAGUUCUCAGGAGCGUGCCGCCGGGAACCCGCAAAAUUGCGGCGAACCUGCUGCUGCGGCUGCGGCAGAAGUGGCGCGCGCUGUUCGCGCGCCGCAUGCGGGAGCCGUCGCGCGCCCCGUCGCAGGCGGACGAGGCGACGGUGAGCGCCGUCGUCGCGGCGCUGGCCCGCGAGGACGAGGCCCUCGGCCUGCGGCGGCCCGCCGGCAUCGGCCGGCGGCCGACGAUGCCGAUCGCUCCCGCGGCGAGGUUUUCGCCCCCGGCGGCGGCCGCGGCGGCGGCUUCCCUCCGUCUCUCCGCGAGCGAGCGCCGCUUCGUCGCGAAGAGCGGCAACGUGCGCAGCCUGGAGUUGUCGCAGCAGAGGGCCGUCUGGCCGACGAAACUGAACGGAGCGUUUUCCCGUUCGUGCGCCGUCGUCCACCUCGUCUUCUCCGUGCGGGGCUCCGGACGCUUCCAGGGCUACGCACGGACGGUGUCGGAGAUCGGCAAGGAGCGGUCGGAGACCGGGGGCUCCCCCGCGCUGGGCGGAGCCGUUUCGGGUGCUGCGGCUGUACCUGGGGCAGAAUCCCCUUCCGGCAGGUGCAGCACCCUGCUCAACCCGUGGUGUAACAACAACAACAACAAGAGGGUGCAGGUGAGCCGUGACGGGCAGGAGCUCGAGACUCGGGUUGGAGAACAGCUGCUCAAAUUGUGGGACAGAUGGCCCUGUGUCGCCGGUGAUGGUGGUGGCGGCGGCGGCGAUGGCGGCGGUGUCGUGGGUGCCUCUGGCACCGCUGGCGGCGCCGACGACGACACGGCGGAGCUAAUUGGAAGCAGAGCAACACGCACCCCGGCGGCGGAUGGGACCCCCCCUCUCCUCGAGGGCUGUGCAAAGGCCGCAGCAAGUCACUCCCCUCUGCAGAUGCCGAGCGUGGAGGGGGAGGAGGAGGCGGAGGCGGGUUAG